AUGGACCCCAUCACGAACCCGCCCGAUGAGAAGAAAGCCAUAUUCGCCUCGAAUGCGAGAAACGAACCCGGACUACCUGUCAGCGCACACGAUACCGAGAAUGAAGGAGUGAGACACCAGAGCAAAUGGCAGGAGAUGUGGAAGACGUUUGAGAGACGGCUCGUCGCAUACAACCUCGAGGCCCGCGGCAUUGAGCGUGUCGAACCGGAGGAGCGACAGGACUUGCGCCUGCUUGGAUACUCCCAGGUGGCCAUCAUGUGGUUCAGCGUCAACCUUGCGGCCAACAACAUCACGCUCGGCAUGCUCGGUCCUGCCGUCUUCGCCCUAGGCUUCCUCGAUUCCUGCCUGCUGGCCGUUUUCGGCGCAUUCGUUGGCUGCCUUGUCGUCGCAUACAUUGCAACCUUUGGCCCAAAGAGCGGGAAUCGGACGAUGAUCUUCUCACGAUAUAUCACAGGAUGGUGGCCGUCCAAGGUCGUCGUCCUGCUCAACAUCAUCGUUCUGCUUGGGUACGGGAUGAUCGACUGCGUAGUCGCUGGACAGAUACUCUCGGCUGUUUCGGGCAACUCCAUGUCCGUGGUAGUCGGCAUCAUCAUCGUAGCCAUCAUAGCGUGGGCGAUCACAACCUUCGGCUACCAGAUCUUCCACUACUACGAGCGCUGGGCCUGGUUACCGCAACUGGUCGUACUCUGUAUACUAGCUGGUGUCUCCGGUUCGCAAUUCAACAUCUCCUCCGAGUCUCACGGCGAUGAAAACCCAGAUACCAUAAUCGGGAAUCGCAUCGGCUUCUUCGGUUUGACACUCGCUGCGGCUAUCACGUACGGUGGCGGAGCAGCAGACUACUUCGUCUACUACCCCGAACACGCAUCUUCGUUCAAGAUAUUCGGCAUGACCAUGUUCGGUCUGAUGUGCAGUUUUACGUUCGCCUUCAUGUUGGGUGUCGGUCUAGCAUGCGGUAUGUUGAUCAACACGGACUGGGAAGCGGCAUAUAGGGUAUCGCAAGGCGCCCUAAUAGUCGAAGCAUACAAGCCCUUAGGUGCUUUCGGUUCAUUCUGCGGCGUAGUAGUUGCGUUGGGUCUCGUCGCCAACCUCAUCGUCCCUACCUACUCUUCCGGUAUCGAUGCCCAGAUCCUAGGCCGCUACGCAAGUGUCGUACCGAGAGUCAUCUGGAACACCGUUGGCGUAGUCAUCUACACAGUCUGCGCCUUAGCAGGUCGUGCCCAUCUCGCCGAAAUCUUCACCAACUUCCUUGCUCUCAUGGGUUACUGGGUCUCAGUCUGGAUCGCCAUCACCCUCGAGGAACAUUUGAUCUUCCGUCGCAAGACUGGCUUCAACUGGCAAGUCUGGAACCAGAAGAAGAAGCUACCACUUGGCAUCGCUGCCUUUACCUCCUUCGUGAUCGGCUGGAUUGGUGCCAUCAUGUGUAUGGCCCAGGUUUGGUACAUUGGACCGAUCGCUAAGCAGGUUGGAACUUAUGGAGCUGAUAUGGGCAACUUUGUCGGUUUCGCAUGGGCUGCAGUCGUCUAUCCGCCCUUGAGGGUCUGGGAGCUCAAGCCUCUUCUGCCCCUUCCCACUCCACAGCCCGCACUACCGACCACUGGCAACAUGUCAGCCAACCUCAUUGACCUCGGCGACGAGGGCACCUCCCAGAGCACCACUCGCGUCAACGGCAUUAUCCGCAACAACGGCCUCGUCGGUAAGAUGUCACUCACGGAGAACCGCACAGGGUCGUCUCCACGCAACCACUUCGCGGGUCUCGACACUCUCAUGAGACAGCGGAAGUCCUCUACACCUAUACUGGCACCAGCUCCUCGACCGGCGUCGUUGCCGACGGUAGCCAUCCCUCGUUUUGCUACACGUCUCUCUUCAAGUUCGGAAAUGUUUUCCCCGUUGGCCCAGCCGUACAAGGCGCCGGAGUCCGUAGCAUCUUUCCUGCAAGAGCAGCAAGAGCCUUUAACCUCCGCGCUUCGGUCAGAUGAGCCCAUCCCCGAAUACAUCCCUGAAAACAGUAUGGAAUUCAAGAGCAUGAUCGAGACAAUCAACGACUACGACAAAGCCACCGACAGCGAAUACGAUCAUCAUUCUGGUCACCGCUCCCCGUCGCCACCCAUCUCUUCACCGCUCCUCGUCCCGGACCUCGAGCCAUCCGCGCCUACUAGACCUGAUACACCCCCGACCCCAGCAGACUCGGUUGAGCAUGCCGUCUAUGGUUUCGGAUCCGACCAAGAGGCGGUGGUACGAAUAACUCAGCAGGCCUGGGAUCUUGCGACCCAAGAGCUGAACAUCCACAAGAAGCAAAAGAUGGAGCUAGAGAGGAGGUUGGCAGCCGCUGACAAAACCUUUGCCAUGCUUAAAGACGAGAACACUGAGGCCGCCACGAAGCUAGGCCUUGUCCAGUUUCAGAUCGAAUCCACCGAGCACCAGAAUGCCGCGAUGGCUCGCGCUCUAUCUGAGAGAGACGCGAUGAUCAAAAAGCAGGGACUUGAGGUGAAGAGCAAGGCGACUGAAGUUCAAGACUUGGACGCUAAGAUGAAGAGCAAGGACGCUGAGAUCAAGGCAAGGAACUUUGAGAUCAAGGUCAAGGAUGCUGAGAUCAACGCCAAAGACGCUGAGCUGGACCAGGAUGCCAUCAAGGACUUGCGUCAGAAAGCAGUCGACCAUCAGCGGAUCAUUGACCAUCACCUCUUACAAAAUCAGCACUUUGCUGACACUGUGACUGCACGGGAGCAGCUCAUAGCUGAUCUGCGACAAGAGCUUGUCGUCCGAAAAUUCGAGCUGACCGAAGUGCAAGAGCAACGUGGGAACCGUGCCGCCAUGGAGGACAUCAAGGGCAAGCUUCGCGAGAUGACUACUCUUUGCGAUCGCCAGAAGAGCCAACUCAAGGAAGUUAUGGACGAAGUCAAGUUCAAGGAGGCCCGUAUCAUGGAUCUCAGCAAGAAUGGUGAGCGUCUCCGUGGUGCCAUCCAUGUCGUCCCGCCGCGCGCGAAUGUAAAGCUCCCCGAGACCGUCGUCGCAUGCACGGAGUGUUACGGCUUGGACCGGCGAUGUGACGGUGGUACGAAGUGUCGCCCAUGCACCGAGAACAACACCGAGUGUCUGCGCUUGAUGUGCUCCUUGAAGUACAAGAACGGUGAUUGCCCUCUGGUGCCUUGCCCACUCACCCACGACGCUCAAGGUUAUCUCAUGUUGCCGCGAGCUCGCCCUGAAUGGUAA